AUGGUCGAACGCGACGACUACAUGCGCGAGGGCUUCGAUCCCAGCUCGCUCACCAUGCCGCAGCUGCGUGGCAUCCUCGUCGAGCACGAUGUUCCGUUUAGCAGCGCAGUGCGAAAGUCAGAGCUCGUGGACCUCUUCAACCGCAACGUCCUACCCAAGACCGCUUCGCUCCGCAAGAAGAAGGCCACCAUCGUCGCCAGCUCCAGCGGCAUCAUCGACAUGCGCGAUGGCGCUCGCAGCGAUACAGAGGUCACGCCCGAACAGACCCCAGCAAAGCGCAAGCCAGGACGACCCAGGAAGAGCGAGGCUUCAACUCCCGCUUCUCAAACUCCCGCAAAGACUCCCGCAAAAUCAGCACGCAAAAAGUCGUCUCUCGGCAGCCAAGUAGUUGCAGUCGCAGAGAGCGAGGCCGAGGAGGUCGUCGAGCAACCGGUCAAGCGACCUCGUGGCCGUCCGCGCAAGUCAGUCUCUACCGAGGCUGUAGAGCCCGAGGAAACCACUUCGCCCCGUCGCGUCACCUUUGGAACCACGCCAGACUCUCCGCCCGCCUCCUCCAGGAAAGCUGGACGCCUCAGCCUUGGAGCAGGCGGCUCUGGAAGACGCAGCGACGACGAUGGAACCUUCUCCGACAGCAAUCCCUUCCAGUCCGGCAGCGAAGCCUCCCCCGCCUCGGGCAUCGCCGCCAAGGUAGCAGCUUCGGCCAGAAAAGCGCGUCGUAAAACUACCGAUGGUACCUCGACUCUGCGCAAGAAAGCAUCGGACCAGCACCUUGCCCCAAGCUCGCCCCGCUCGGCCCGAAAGUCGGCCCCAGGCGCAGGUAGCACGCUGCAAAACUAUAUGGAUCAGUCGAUCGCCUCGAUCACGCCCCCUCGCAUCGUGGGCGACAACACCGUCGCCUCGUCCAAAGAUACAUCCACAUACUCCGGCGCCGAGGCCGAUGCAGACGACGAUUUCGACGACCUAGACACGUUCACCUCGCCCUCGGCUCUGGCCAAGAUGCGCAUCCUCAGGCGCAAGAAGGACAAACAGCGACGCAAGGGUGGCAGGGCCGAACGGACCUUGGCUGACCACCUCAUCCGAUCGGUAUGGAUGAUGGUGUGUGUCGGAGCCAUCGCUUGGACAAUGUGGUACGCGCGCGAAACGCGUGCGCUGGGCUUCUGCGACACGGGCUCCGACACCAACGCCAUCGUGCAGGACCGACAGCUGACGGCGCUUGCCUUCGCCCGCGCCAACAACGAGUCGGUGGAAGACACCUCCAUCCUGCCCGAACGCUUCCAGCCAAGCUGCACUCCUUGUCCGCCCCACGCCAACUGCGCGUAUGGCCAGGUGGUCGGAUGCUCUUCGGACGACUGGGUGCUGCAGCCGAAUUUGCGCUCGCACGUGCCGCUGGCCAAGUGGGUGCUGCCGCUCAGCAUGACGGCGCCGCGCUGCUAUCCGGACACGCAGAAGCUCGUGCUGGCCUCGGAGCUGGCGCAGGCCGUGUCGCACAUGCUCGCCGACUUCAAGGGUGAGAUCGUGUGCGGCACGCAGAAGACGCAUGCGACGGUCAAGAAGUUGCCCAAGAAGCUGGUGGCUGAGAACGGUAACCUGACGUAUGCGAUCGCCGAGCAGGCGGUGAAGCGCUCCAUGUCCGCCACGCGCGAUGCUCGCGUGGACGACGACUACUUUGAACAGAUCUGGUACAUGGCGCUCUUUGAGCUCACGGAUCCGAGAAGCAACAUUGUGCGCGUGCCCGUCUCGGCGGCUUCGCCCGCGCAGGCUGCCGAGGAGGCAGACGAGCUGCAGACCGAGUACUUCCUGGCGGCCAAGCAGCCCACGCUGACGCUGGCGUGUCGAUCGCGGCUGGCGCUGCGGGGGUGGAUGAUGCGCGCGCGGCUGUACGUCUUUGCUCUGCUGUCGGCAGUGCUUGGCUUGUCGUACCUGCGCUACCGCGUCAGCGCCGCACGCGCAGAGACGGCCAAGGUGGCCACGCUCGUACAGGCCGCUCUCGAAAGGUUGCAGGAGCAGGAAUAUCUGCAUGGCCUCGACCCCGUGCUGUAUCCGGACGACUUUGUGCCGCUCUCGCAUCUGCGCGACCACAUUCUGAGCGAAGAGCACCAGGCAAAGGCGCGCAACCGGCUCUGGAAAAAGGUGGCGCGUGUGGUCGAGGAGAAUUCCAACGUACGCACACGCCAGGCGCAGAAGAAGGGCGAGUGGCUACGAGUCUGGCAGUGGGUAGGCGUCGAGAGCUUCAAGGGCUACUCUGGCACCCCUACCCUCACUCCGCAACCAGUCGCCUGA